CGUCAGAGCUGGACCUGGUAAAUUGAGCAGCGGUGCCCGGCGCUAGGCGGAGACUGCGACCCGGGGAGGCGCCCACAGACGGAGCCCUCGGUGGCCCAGGCGAGGCAGGAGCGCAAGACCCGCAGGAGAUCCCGAGCUGCGCCCGAGCCAUGGCCCUGAGCGAGCUGGCGCUGCUCCGCUGGCUGCAGGAGAGCCGCCACUCGCGGAAGCUCAUCCUGUUCAUCGUGUUCCUCGCGCUGCUGCUGGACAACAUGCUGCUCACCGUCGUGGUUCCCAUCAUCCCCAGUUACUUGUACAGCAUUGAACAUGAGAAAAAUACUACCGAAACCCAGACUGCCCGGCCAGUGUUCACAGCCUCCACCUCAGGACGCUUCCAGAGUAUCUUCUCCUACUAUGACAACUCUACCGUGGUCACAGGGAACUCCACAGAAGGCCUUCACGGGGAGCAGCUGCGCAAGGUCAUCACCACACAGCGCAUGGUGACCAACGCGUCUGCUGCCCCCUCCGACUGUCCCAGGGAAGAGAAAGACCUGCUGAAUGAGAACGUGCAGGUCGGCCUGCUGUUCGCCUCCAAAGCCACUGUGCAGCUCCUCACUAACCCUUUCAUAGGGCUGUUGACCAACAGAAUCGGCUACCCAAUUCCCAUGUUCGCGGGAUUCUGCAUCAUGUUUAUUUCAACAGUUAUGUUCGCUUUUUCUAGCAGCUAUGCCUUUCUGCUGAUCGCCAGGUCCCUGCAGGGCAUCGGCUCUUCCUGCUCCUCCGUGGCUGGGAUGGGCAUGCUUGCCAGUGUGUACACAGAUGAUGAAGAGAGAGGCAAUGCCAUGGGGAUCGCCUUGGGAGGCCUGGCCAUGGGUGUCCUAGUGGGUCCCCCAUUCGGGAGCGUGCUCUAUGAAUUUGUGGGGAAGACAGCUCCCUUCCUGGUGCUGGCGGCCCUGGUGCUCUUGGAUGGAGUUAUUCAGCUCUUUGUGCUCCAGCCAUCCCGGGUGCAGCCAGAGAGUCAGAAAGGGACACCCUUAACCACUCUGCUGAAGGACCCCUACAUUCUCAUUGCUGCAGGCUCCAUCUGCUUCGCGAACAUGGGGAUUGCCAUGCUGGAGCCGGCCCUGCCCAUCUGGAUGAUGGAGACCAUGUGUUCCCGGAAGUGGCAGCUGGGCAUUGCUUUCUUGCCGGCAAGUAUCUCUUAUCUCAUUGGAACCAAUAUUUUUGGGAUACUUGCACACAAAAUGGGGAGGUGGCUCUGUGCUCUUAUAGGAAUGAUCAUAGUGGGAGUCAGCAUUUUGUGCAUUCCUUUUGCAAAGAACAUUUAUGGGCUCAUCGCACCCAACUUUGGAGUUGGUUUUGCAAUUGGGAUGGUGGAUUCAUCGAUGAUGCCCAUCAUGGGCUACCUCGUGGACCUGCGGCACGUGUCGGUCUAUGGGAGUGUCUACGCCAUCGCAGAUGUGGCAUUUUGUAUGGGGUACGCCAUAGGUCCUUCGGCUGGCGGUGCCAUUGCGAAGACAAUUGGCUUUCCAUGGCUGAUGACAAUUAUCGGGAUCAUUGACAUUCUUUUUGCUCCUCUUUGCUUUUUUCUGCGAAGUCCACCUGCCAAGGAAGAAAAAAUGGCUAUUCUCAUGGAUCACAACUGCCCCAUGAAAACAAAAAUGUACACUCAGAAUAAUACCCAAUCAUAUCCAAUAGAUGAAGAAUCUGAAAGUGACUGAAACGCUCAAAAAUCAUUCGUGUCUGACUGUGUAAAAGUGUUUCCCAUGAAAUGACUCAUCGGAGCUGUGUUAGUCAUACCACCCAUUCCUGGCGAAAGCGUACAACAACCAAAGGUUAUUGUUUCUUUUCCAUGGUUAUGAUCCACUGCCAACAGCCUUAUAAAGAAAAAGAAGCUUUUCUAGGGGUUUGUAUAAAUAGUGUUGAAAACUUUAUUUUAUGUAUUUGAUUUUAUUAAAUAUCAUACAAUAUAUUUUGAAGAAAUACUGUAAAUCUAUAAAUAUUUGAAUCCAAAUCAAAUAUAAUUUUUUAACUUAAAUUCAUGAACACUUGGACAAAAAUAUAUUUUUUCUGAAUAUUGGUAAUGAGUGAUAAAGCACACAUUAUCUGAGGCUCUUCCAACAAGGAGCUAGAAAGAAAUCUGAAAAACAGAAUCACAUAAGACGGCACAUCAUGUAGCAACCCAGAAUGAGUGUUAUUUAACUUGUAAUUACUAUCAAUAUAUUUAUGAGUUCAAAGCUAGUUCUCUCAAGGGCAGAGGGCAAGACCAUGGGUCAGUCAUCUUUUGGAUUUGUCUACAAAUAUUCACUGGCAUCAGUUUUCCAUGUAGUCACCUACCUGGAAAGGGACAGUGGUAAAUUACAUGUUUACAUGUCAUGUUUGGCAGCAAACAUUAAAACCAGCAAGAGGAAAACAGUACAUGUUCCGAAAGCAGACAAAAGUACCCAAUGUACAGAUAUGGUAAGUUUUCCCUCUAGGAUGUCCAUCUGGUCAUUUAACUGGAUGAAAACUGUGUAUGUAUCUUGUACUGUCCAGUUUAAGGGUGGUAAAGUUUAUCGACACAUAGUUCAAGAUUUAGGAAAAAAGUUUACAAAAGCUAUUGUAACUUGAAGAAAUCAGAGCAUAACCUGACUCGUCUGCAGGUCAUCCAAGUGUUUUUUUCUAGAGCUCUGUUAAUUUUGGGUUGUCUGAAACUAUUAUUUUCUAAACUCCUGAAAGUCUUUCACAUAAAUGUGAAAACAAAUUUUAAACAAGAAUGAAAAGGUCUUAAUCAUACUAGCAAAACAGGUAAAAAUCACAGGUGAUCAGGACACAUCCCUUUUCCAGGCAGAAGAGAAAAACCAAACAUCUGAACAUGUUACUGUAUCAUCUGUGUGUUGGGUAGUGUAGUUUUUCCAGGCAUGUCAACAUUGAUGUCUUCAUUGUACCAGCAAAUACUGUUAAUAAAAACUGUCAGUUUACAUUGUUUUGUGUGAGAUAUGACUGAAAUGUGAAUAGUGGAAUAUGUCUUUUUAAAUAACAUUUAAUUCUGCAGUUCCAGAGUCAUAAGAAAUUAUCUGAUGUCAAUUUUGUUAAGCUAAAACUGUGUUUGUAUUAACUUGGCCAUCAAGGAGCUGAGAAUUUUAGAACGACUCCUCAGUCUUAGUUGACUAUUACGGAAAGUGAUUAGCUUUGCUUUGUGAAGGGACUUCUUUUGCUUUAUGAAGGCUUUCUGCGAUUUCUGAGUGCAGUGUUUAAGGCAAACAAGCUUCCUACUAACAACUGGACAAUUAUGAAAGAUGCUCUAGAACCCUUACAUGGCUAAAAUAGAAAAGGCAGGAUUGUUUUUACUUCUGUCUACAAGGUCUUCAAAAGAUGUGCUACCAAUUAGAGACCGUUUGUGGUUCUGCCUGCCCUUAAUACUGUACAAUUUUUAUUUUUGCCUUUAAAACUUCAGCUUCUGAAGAAUGACUGGCAAAGGCAUUGAUUGCUAAUGAUUGAUCCCUAAGAUUUUUGAUAAAUGAACUUUUCAGAACUGUUUGGGGAGCAAGUUACGUUGUAUCUGAGGGAGAAGAAUGGUAAGGUCUUUUAUAGGCUAACAUUCUAGGUUAGCAAGACUGAAAAUUUUAAAAUUAUGUGUCAAAACAAAGAACAUACAGCACUCUAAACAUUUAUUUUUUGAACAGAGGUGGCUCUGUUUUCCCCUGGAAGCAAAACACAAAGACUUUGAGGAGGUAGCAAUGCGUAUUACCUUGCUUUCAAAUGCUAAGUGUAUCUGUUCUAGCCAUGUUUUAGCUUGUUUACUUAAUAAACCUUAAGAACAUUG